AUGAAGGUCUACGGUGCCACAUUCGAAGUAACCGCACCGGUGCCCAGUUCCGGCGGGACAACCUUACUGACAGCGCCGCCGUCAACCACCGCUACCCUCGUCGUCCUUGUCUCAGCCUUCGCGACGACGGCUGCCACCUGCCCCACCCAGCCACUGGCCGAAACACCCCCGACGCCUCGUCAGUCACAACCUUCGUCCUCUUCACCCCCACCACCAGCGACGUAG